AUGGAUUCGUAUGAAAAGAUCUGUUUUCAAAAUUUAUUAGAACAAAUGUAUGGUGAAUCUGUUUGUGUCCAACAUAUAGAACAACAAUCUGAUGGAGAACAAGGAGCAUCCGGUUGUGAAGUUCGCUAUUACAAAGUGCAUUUCACACGAGGCACGAGACAUUUAGAAACCAAGCAAAUGAUUAGCAAGGAAGCAAGUUUACUUGAAAGACAAGUCCUUGCGCUAUUAUGUGAGCAAAAACAAGCUGUUCCACCAACACUGAUACCUAAUCUUUUAUCUGAAAAAAGCCACUUUUAUCAACAAUAUGCGGACACACAAAUAGAAGGACAUGGCCCAUUUGAUCCUAUUACUAAGGCUUAUGCUCAUGCUUUAGCUCGCAUUCAUUAUAUGAAUCUUGGUCAACAUCCAGAGUGGUUACGAUCAGCAACCGAAAAUUUCGAAGAUCGUUUAUGGCUACGAGCAUGGCGCAAAGAAUGGCAUCUAAAUUUGACCAUACCAAGAUUUGCUCUUGAAUAUGGCUGCUAUACAGAUAGUUUAGAUGAUUCAUUGUCACGGCUGCUAGUUUUUCUUCAUGAGCGUACUACCGAAGGUACCUCAUUAACACUGAUUAAUACAGAUCUUAUACCAAACGAUAUUCGUAGUAUUGAUGGACGUCCAAUGUUUAUCGAUUGGGACCAAGCAGCAUAUGGUUGUUUUUAUUUGGAUUUACCAAACUAUUUUUCUAUUGAAACAGUCCUUUGUUAUCGAGAUGCUCUCGCUGAGCUCGGUCUGAAUAUCCAUCCAGCUUUAUUUAUGGAUAGAUUUCAUGAAGUAGGCCGGUAUAUGGGCUUACGAUAUCUUGAAGUAGGACUACAGGCUUGGCGUCGUCAUUAUAAUGAAACAAUGGAACAAAAUAAUGAUGCACUUCAGCAAGAGAAAAAAUCGACUGAUGACAAUGAAUGGAAUUUGCAGUAUUGGUUCUUUCAUUAUUGUCUUGAACUAGCUCUCAACGGUAGAUAG